AUUGGAUCUGCAGUACGGGCAGUUACAUGGUUGAUCAUCAUUUGGUUUAUAACAAAAACAAUUAAAGGAAGAGACGUCUCCUAAUUUUGGACCAGAACAAACGUCCCUUAGAGGACACGUGGCAGGAAGCCGUCUCUGUGACCGUCUCUCUCUCGCCGUCUCUCUCGCCGCAUCUCUCUUUUGCCUUCGAUUUGAGAUCUUCCUCUCAUCAUAUUUUAAUGAGUUACCGAGUCCCCAUACUCCUCAUCCUCCUCUGGGCGAUAGCUGGGUCAUGCUUACCUUCCGGCUUCGCAUCCUCCGUUGGCGUCUGCGAUCAUCAUAAUGAAUUGGAGGUGUUCCGAUGCGGAAUCGAGAGAAAGUGUCAUCACUCUUUGUACCCCAGACCUCCUACAGAGGUUUGCAAUUGUAGCUUCCCCCUCAUUUUCCAAUGAUUUUGUUAGAUUAAACGACUGCGAUUUUCCGAUUGAAUUUGAUUUGUGUUUGAUAUGUUUGGCGAGACUCUCGGGGUUUGUCGCGUUUCUAUGUUAAGAGUUUGAUGAUGUGCUCCAAGUAGAAUAAGCUUUGACUUAACAUCUCCUGAAACUCAGAUAAUAAUGCUUGGUCCAACUUUUCUUACUUUGGCAUGUCCUUUUAGUCUUGUGGUGGUCACAACAAGUCUCCUUUUCUGUUUUGUUGUAGCUUUCGUUAGGCUCAUACGCAUUCUUAAGAAGAAAAAUAUAGGCUUGUAGCUUAACUUCACUUAUGUAUUUACCUUUGCUCCACUGUUUCUCGAGGUCUCAUUUUUUUCUCCCUUUUCAAACCCUUUUAAGCUAUUCAUAACAGAGCAUAUUCAAAUGUUAAUCCAUAUUGGAUGUGGUAAUGGUCUUCUAACUGCUCUUAAAGAAGGAAGCUGGUGGCUCGCUUUCAGUUUGUACUAGUUUUCAUGAUGAAAUAGUCUACUUAAAUGGUCGGGUUGUUUAGGAAGACAUGUCUACAACUAUGAUGUAUUCGUGACUUAUCAUGAUCACACUGUUAUGAUCUAUUUAAAUGGUUGGAUUGUUCAGGAAGGACAAGGCUAUAGCUAUGAUGUAUUUGUGACUUAUCAUGGUCACGUUGACUUAAAUGUGGGCUUGUUUUUGUAUUUCAAGAAGUACGUAAUUUGUGGUUUUUGCUAACGCAGGUGGAUGGAGACUUGCUAGACAGCCUCAUGGAUUCAAACCUUGGAAAUGCUUAUACUUCCAUACUAUUUUAUACCUCAAGGCUAUAAAGUAGUCAUUUUUUCUCAGUCUCUAGUCAAUUCUGUAGGAAACAGAAGGUUAUAAGGUUUUGUCAUAGUAGUGACUUGACCUAUAAACAAUACUAUUGUCAUUUGGCGCAGAACUGAAACACUUAAGAAACAUGUUCCAUAUUCAGGGCAAGAAGGAAUUGAGGAGCUCAGAAGAAUUGCUAUAAACCAGGUCCCAUACCAUACUCACAAAAUGCAAUUUUCAAGAAACUCAAUACUUAGACAACGAAGCAGAAAAGAAGGUUGGAGGUCGGUUUCUAAAAGGUGGACAUCCGAAGAUAGUUCAACGGCCUUCACCGACGUAACAAGCUGUGGUGGUGGGCCUGGUGGUGGUUACUCUUCAAUGGAGGGUCUUUAUGGGGUCUACUCAAAUGGAGAUACAGCAACCAGAAGCAAGAGGGUGAUGGUUGUGGUGGAUGAGACUUCGAGGUCGAAACAUGCCAUGAUGUGGGCUUUGACUCAUUUGACUAAUAAGGGAGAUUUGAUGACUCUUCUCCACGUUGUGUCUCCUCAUGAUGAAGCUUCUCCUUCUUUGGUUCAAUCACUUGGUUCUCUUUGCAAAGCUUGUAAACCCGAGGUGGAUGUGGAGGCGUUGGUGGUUCAAGGACCAAAGUUAGCAACUAUACUCAGCCAAGUGAAGAAACUUGAAGUCACUGUUCUUGUUUUGGGUCAGAAGAAAUCUGCACCAUUCAUCUCCUGGUGCGUCAUCUCAACCGUCAGAUCUCUUUUCUCAUCUCGAGUUAUUCUGCUAGAAAGUAUACAAAGUUUGAAUUUGAAAAUAAAUUAUAUCUCAAAUUCAAUCAAAUGUAAAAAUAAUCGAAAAUAAUAAUGAAACUGCAACAAUAUCUUUAUUUAUGACGAAAUAAAAAACUUAAAAUAAUUUUAUCAUUACAUAUUUGAAAAUUCCAAUUCAAAAAAUAAGUCUAUCUACUCAUAUUUAACCUUAAAUUAAUUUAUAAAAUUUCGAAAAUUAUUUUUGUUGAAAAGUAAAUGGAAAUCAUGUACACAUAAAAAUUCUAAAUCGUAUAAAAUUAAAUUUAAUAGAACUAAAUUGGUUUUUAUAUCGAUGAAUGAAUAUAUGUUAUAAGUCUUGAUUGUCUAUUAAUUAGGAUUUGGUAACAUAUUUUCAAGUAAUUUUAGUAUUUCAUAGUUAGAUUUUGGAAUUUUGAAUACUUUUUAAAAAAUUAUAAAUUGAUAUACUAUCAAAUUGAUAUAUAUUAAAUCUAAAAAUAAGUAAUAUAUUUAGGUAUAUAAAUCUAUUUCGGUUACAUUCGGAUACCCGAGAUACUUCGGUUUGGAUCGGGUUCGGUUUCAGUUCUUUAAAUAUCAAAAUUUUGAACCGUUCGGAUAUUUAAUUAAUUUUGGUUCAGAUUUGGUACUACUUUUUCGGAUCGGGUUCGGUUCGGUUAUUCGGAUCCGGGUUUUUUGCUCAGCCCUAAAUAUACAAGUGUGAACUUUUGUAUAUACUAAGCAUUUUAUUAGUUGAUUAUAUGUUUAAUAAAAUAUUUAUUGUUAUAUAGUUCAAUUAAAUAAUUUCCGAGUUUAGAUGUAAGAGAUUUCCUCAAGACGUCUACCAAGAAAUUAUGCACUAACAAUCUCUCUUAAAAAGGUUUUUGGAAUGUAAGAUAAAUUCAUGAUUAUGAGAUUUUAUGAAAAAGUUUGGUAAACUGUAACGUAUUAGCAGAGUUUUAAAAACAUUUGAAAACAGUUUGUAAAUUUAGGGACAGAAAACUUCUCGAAAAAUAGCACAAUUUCUUUGAAAAAAUAAUUGUAUUACACUAUCUGUAAUCAUCACAAAAGAUAACUAUAAACUAUUGUAAAAUAAUUGAUAUCUUGCAUAUUUACAUGUUUUUAACCUUCAUAUCUUAUACAUUUUGAUCAUAUAGAUUAGAAAUUAUGCAUCUUUAGUUUUCUUUUUGCAUUGCAUAAGUCUUUAUCAGGUGUUGGAGUGUCCAUUGGAAUUCUUGGAGUUACUUGUAAGCAUUUGAGAUCAAAAAGGGAGUGGAAAGUGUUGUUUGGGCGAGUAGAGCACCGGAGCGGGCAAUGGGAGCGACCUACGACACCCGCUCCAGACGAAACGAAGCCAACGCGACCUCUUGCACCGGGGUUCGGUACCCGCUCCGAACCAACACCCCGUCGACAACUCUUGAGAGUCGGAGCGACCAAGACGGAGCGAGGUCUGCAGCCCGCGCACAAAAAGAAGAAGUGAAGUCGGCAUCUGGAGCGACUUCCCGCAGCGGGGUGAGGCACCCGCUCCGAGAUCAACCUCUCGUCGACAACUUUCGAGAAGUGGAGCGACCAUAGGGAGCGAGGUCCGCAACCCGCGUGCAAAACGAAGGAACGAAGCUAACAUCUGGAGCGAUGUCCCGCAGCGGGGUGAAGCACCCGCUCUGGAAGCGGAGCGACGUGACCUACCCACGCGCGUUUCUCUUCUUCUGAUCGAAAAUUUAUGUUUUAUUUGGGCCUUUCAGGUUGUUGACUGAGCCCAUUAGGUUUUAGAAGUCAUAUAUAUACUCUUUAAACCUAAUAUGAGGAUCUAAUCUUGUUUUCUAUCUAAUCAAAAGCCACUUUUGGGAAAAAGAUCUAAUCUUGAUUAUAAUUUCUUAUCUUUGCUUGAUUAUCUUGCUCUCUAAUCAUGUUUAACCUUGAAUCAUCUAUGGUUUUGGGGUUAUUC